CUUGACGAUAUCUUUGAAGUCGAUUGUUUGAUAGACGCGUGUGCAGAGGGAUUGUUGGAAUGAGUUCGAGCACCAUCUGAGGAGCCGGUCGGCGGAAUAGGAGGCACGGUGAGAAGUACUGGCGUUCACUAUCGAAUCAAUGCAGGAGGGUUCGAGUAGGGGCUAGUGGUCAGAUCGUCCGGUUCUGGAUUACUGUUAUGAUCUGUGCCACACGCUCGAGAGCAACAUACUGAUAUUGACAUGAACGUAGUCGAGACGAUCCUUCCCAGCGAUCUACUUCUUGAACUCCGCCGAGGCCAGGUUGAUCAUGCUACGUGUGGCUUGUCGACUGCGAACUCUGCGUCGGUCCCGACUGUCCUGGUAACGGGGGAGCGUGCUCGGUUCGAGCCAGCGUUGUAUCAAGUCCGCGCCAUGUCACCAAUGAUGCUGUGAGCGUGUGCGCCUUGCUUGCCGACAAGUCUCGUGCUCGUUCCAAGCAGACGGUCAGUGUUCUUGCGUUAGCAGC